AUGUCUGAUGCUGCUGUAGAAUUUCUGCUAGAAAACUUGAAACAGCUGCUUCUUUACAAUGCAAAUCUGAUUCUUGACGUGAAGGGUCAGGUGGAAUUGCUGUACAAUGAUUUGAGUUUGUUCAAAGCUUUCCUCAAGGACUCGACCGAGAAGCGGAACAAGAAUGCCACCCUUCAAGAAUUGGUGAAACAAAUCAGAGAUGUAGUUUAUGAAGCUGAAGAUACUGUGGACACAUUUGUUGCUCAGGCAGCUGUGCACAAGUCAAGGACUAGCAUCGAGAGGGCUUUUCAUAUAUUCGAUUAUCCAGCAAAGCUUCGAAGUGUGGGGAAAAAGAUUGAGGGCAUCAGGGCAAAGGUGAAGGAUAUAUAUGACAACAAGAANUUCAAACUGUCGCUCACCCUAGUCGAGGUGGCAAGUGGGGAGCCAACAUGUGUUGGGACAUAG